UUAUUCUAGAGUCGAAAACAUCAGCAAUGACACGACACUUCGGCGACUUAGUUCUGGUUGAACAUGAAAAUGAUGUAUUGAAUUGGUCCGCUACUAAUGAGGAUCCAUUGCCUGCGAGGAUUCAAAAAAAGUGUAAAUCAACCAGAUGUUUUCAUUUGAGCAACUCUACAAUCGCCAUCUGUUCGUUUCUAGUGUUUUUUUCUGUCAUAUCCUUGACAAUAUAUUUUGGUCUUCGGCAACAUAUGAAUGGUCCUGAAGCUGCAUGGUCAAACGUCAUGGUUAAUGAUACGAAAAACGCAACCGCGACCAAAGUACAACUACCUUACGGUGUUAGCCACCAUUCGUGGGAGUACAACAAACUGAUCCUUCAUGCGUGGCUGGGAACCUGUCUGUCAGUAGGAUUGCUCAUAACAUUAACGCUUAUUAUACUAGUUUGUACUUUCUUAUGGAAAAAGCACAAGAAAACCUUACGAAAACACCGCGGGAAACUGCAAGAGAACAAUUACAAUGACAUAGAUGUCAUAGAAAUGAAAGGAUCAAUGUUAACUGCUCAUCAGUCCGUCCACCCAAAAACAUUACUUUCAGACACUGACAAAUAAUUAUGAUUAUUACUGGUAGUGUGCAUGAU